AUGGAUGCUCGCUCCUGGAGCCCCAGCACGGCAGAGCAGGCAGCGGCCUCUGCUCUGCCAGCACAAGGGACACCCAGCUCGGCUGAGCUGCACCCUGAGGGGCUCUGGGGCACUGCUGGCACUGCCCUGCCUGGGAAAGCUGCUCCCUUGGUGGAUGCUGCGUUGGCCCAGGUCCCAGGAAAUGGGUCUGGGCUCCUGGAUGCAGUCCUGGCAUCACUUCCUACCACUGCAGCAGCUCCUGGUGCCCACACCUGCUCCCUGCUCAGCUCCCAGACCCUGCCUGUGCCUACAGAAGUGACCCUCAAUGCCCACGUCAUGUCCAGUGGCUUCAGCGCUUCCCAGCACUCCUCCACAGCCAUGGAACAUCUCCCUGCAGCCACCAGAGAGGCCGUCAGCCCAGCUGAGCUGAUGACAAAGGGUGUACCUGGCUCCACAGGGACAAAGCCCCCUGCAUCCCACCCCUCCAGCCUCCCCUUUCCCACACAGCCUGUGCACGUGCUGCCCUUGCAAUUCCGACUGCUGGGAAUCACUUACACCCUGGCUCUGGGCAGCAGGAACUCGGAGAGCUACCGGCAGCUGGAGGGAGAUGUGAGACUAAUGCUAAGCCAGAUGCUGUCCAGCUACGAGAGCUUCCUGCAGGCAAAUGUCCUUGAGUUCAUGAAUGGCUCUGUGGUGGUGCGAGGGGAGGUUUUGUUCCGGGGAGAUGUUCCUGCUCCCACCAGCUCCCACCUCAUCCGGACAGUAGUCACAGAGGCAAGCAAGGGAAGGAGCAUCUUCAGCUGGCAGCUGGAGCCCCAGUCUGUCCAGUCUGGUGGCUUCAGCCUGGAGAACCUGGACCCGGAGAAGCUGUCCAUCUCCCUCACUGGCUCCCAGCUGGGGAUGAGCAGGAUGGGUCCUCUGGAGAGGCUGGUCAGUGAGAUAACUUCAUCUGUCAGUGCCCUCUACCAUGUGAGGAACUUCACCAUCUCCCAGCUCAGAAACCUCAGUGGGAACACGGAGAUCACUGGAGACCUCUACCUAGACACAGUUGUCCAUGCUGACACUACAGAGGUUCUGGAAGCCCUGACUGCACUCUCAGGCCUCUCCAUGGACCUGACCUCCCUCUCGGUGGAGGGUAAGGAUGGAGCCUGUGAGUGGUGUGGGCAGGGUUGCUGCCAGAUCUGCACACCCAGCUUGUUUCUUGUUCCUUCAGGGUCCAAGCUUGGUCUGAAUGUGUACCCUCUCUCCUUACUCGUCACCAACAGACAAUUCAGCCAGAAGCUUCAGGAUCCACUCUCUGAAGAGCACCACAACCUCUCCAGGGACCUUGGUGAUGCGGUGAUGAGAGCCCUGAAGGAUUACCCAACCCUCCUGAAAGUGAUCAUAAAAGAAUUCCUGCCUGGCUCCUUGAUCUGCCACGGGAACAUGAUAUUCCAACACCCUGCUCCAAGCAGCAUGGAAGUUUUGGCAACACUUGUGCUCUCAGUUGGGCCAAACCAGGCUUUGGCUGACUCGGACAUCCAUGUGGAUCCAUUCUCCCUCUCUGUGGGAGAUGACACCUUGGAACGUCCCUCGCCUGAGCCGGGCUUCCCAGCCUAUGGAGUGGCCCUCAUGGUCAUAGGUGGCCUCUGCAUCAUCAUUGCACCCGUCGUGCUCGUGUGCCUGGGAACCAAGAGGCUGGGCUGGCAGGAUGGAAGAGCCCUUUGGGACAGAAGAGACCCUGAAGUGGGGAUCCAGACGUUAGAAAUGGAUAACCAGGGGUUCUGGACAGAGGACCCUGAGGAUGGUCACAUGGAGUGGCAAAGCACCUCUGCCUGAGGAUAGAAGAAGCAGCUGUUGGGGGGAGCUUG